AUGACGUCCCUCUACUCCCGCGAGCUCGAAAUCGCCCAGCUAGCCGUCCAACGCGCCUCCAUCCUCACCAAACGCGUCUUCCACGAGACCUCCAAAGGAACCGUCUCCAAAGACGACGCCUCCCCCGUCACCAUCGGCGACUUCGGCGCCCAAGCCCUGAUCAUCUCCGCCCUCAAGCACAACUUCCCCCACGACGAAAUCGUCGCCGAGGAAGAGGCCACCGAGCUCCGCGCCUACCCUCCCCUCCGCGAUCAAAUCUGGGAGCUUGUCCGCACUACCAGCUUGGAUGACGUCGCUGCUGAGGGGCUUUUGGGAGGCGGGAUCAAGGAUGCGGAUGCAAUGCUUGAUAUCAUCGACCAAGGAAACAGCAAAGGUGGAAAAGUAGGGAGGGUCUGGACUAUUGAUCCAAUUGACGGCACCAAGGGUUUUUUGAGAGGGGGGCAAUACGCCGUUUGCCUUGCCCUGCUACAGGACGGGGAUGUCAAAGUGGGAGCGAUUGGGUGUCCUAAUUUGCCGGUUGACGAUGCGGCGCCUUUGACGGCCGAUAUCGGGGCUAAUGCUACCGACGACGAAGGGAGGGGUGUGCUUUUUUCUGCUGUUAUUGGACAGGGCGCAACGAGCAGACCUCUCAAGGCCGGUGCCCUGGCUGAGGGGAGGAGCAUCUCUAUGAAGCCUCUUACCGACAUGUCCAACGCAAGCUUUUGCGAGAGCGUCGAGGCGGGACAUUCGAACCAGAGCGAGUCGGCGCAGAUUGCGCAGAAGCUGGGGAUUACCAAGCAGAGUGUGAGAAUGGACUCGCAGGCCAAGUACGGGUCUAUUGCCAGAGGCGCGGGAGAUAUCUACCUGCGUUUGCCGACUUCCAAGACAUACCAGGAGAAGAUCUGGGAUCACGCUGCUGGUGAUUUGAUUGUGAGGGAAGCUGGCGGCGAGGUAACCGAUAUCAAGGGUAACCGUCUGAAUUUUGGCGUGGGGAGGACGUUGGCCACCAACAGCGGUGUCAUUGCUGCGCCAAAGGCUGUUCACAGCCAAGUCCUGAGCGUCGUUCAGGAGGUCCUGGGUGUAAAAUAA